AUGUCUUCAAUGGAGGAGUUCGAGCGCGCGCAGGCCCAAGCCAUGGAGCUGCUAAUCCAACAGUGUGUUACUGCUCAAGACGGCUCUCUUUCGAUGCCUUCAGCGGCCGCGGAUGCACGCGAGAACGCUGUAGCCAACGCGACGAUCCUGGACCUGCUGGCUCAGACGUGCGCGGACGCCAACGCAGCAGUACAGGAGCUGAGCGUGGAGGAAGUUGCCGCCGGAUUGGCCAACGCCGUGUCCGCUACGCAGGAGAGUCUCCGCAGUGUAGGGCAGAACGUGGGCGCGAUUUUGCAGGACCCCGAGCAGAUGCGCGAGCUGUGCUACCACGUCAAGCAGGCGGACGCCAAGGUGUUGGAGGCGCUACAGACGUCGCAGGUACUGUUGGAGGACCAGAGUGAUGGUAGCAAGGGUGAUGGUGCAUUGGUAUCCGACAAGGAUAUGGGAUCAACGGCGCUUAUGGUCCCAACCGACGAAGAGAACGUGCACAACAUGAUGGUGUUCGCUGAGAACAUGUGCACGACGAUGGAUCACGCCCUGAGUACAAUUACUAAGGACGAGCUGACACUAGCGGCGCAGUUAUCGCUCAAUAUUGCACAGAAGCUGCUGGAUGCAGGGCAGUCGCUGUUCACGUCGCUGGGUGAAGAAGAACGCCGAAAAGUGUGCGCUGGAGACCGUGGUGAUCGUAUUACGAUUGAGGAGAUCGAUGAUGAACUGGAUGCAAAUAAAGACAAUGAAUUGGGAAUGAAAGGAAGAGAUGAACCAAAGAAUAGCGGGCAAGUGAAACGAGCUGCUGUGCUUCGGACGUACGUGACGGACCUGUAUAACCGUACCCGUGAAGAAGCAGUGGAGCACCCUUUCCUCGCAGGAGCGCUUACUGCCGCAGGAUUGCCGUUUAUUGGACUGGCGAUCCCUGUUGCUAGCAUGGUCGCACUGGCGCUUAUGAUAGAAAAGCACUACCCGGAGCACGCGAAGCUGACGCUGGAGCUCUGUUCCAACUUCGUCCAGAUGUCCAAAUUAUGGUUCCUCUUGUUGAAGAUUAGUGCCCGACAGGUCAGCGUUGUGGCAAUGGAGUGCUUCCAGUCGUGGUACGAGUACGCGUCCACGAAUGGCUUCAUGGCUACGGGCUUUGAGCUAGCGUCAACAGGAUGCAGUAUUGGUUUCCUCGGUGUCUCCUACCUGUAUCAGAUGGCACUUGGCUUCACCAAGCAAGUUCUGCAGUAA